CAGUGUUAAUGGCAGGCAGCUUAAUUUAUGGUGUGCUUAAAAAAAAUAUUAAAACAAAAUAUUGAGAUAUUAAACGUCAUAUAAUAUUAAAGCACAAUUUUUGUGUUCUUCUACAACGCAAACAUAGAUCAUACUCAAAGAAAACGCAGGCACACUGACGGUGUGUUUAAAGGGGAAAUGACGGAUUCCCCGACAAAAGAAGCAGAAAGCGAAGUGGAAGAAAAUGGGUUGGUGUCGUCCGACAUACCCAAAAAGAAGAAAGCGUUAGAAAAUGUGACAGAAGCUGAUGUGACAAAUAUUAUAUUUGGACAGACAAUAGACCAGGUUACUUUAACCCUACACCUGACCUUCAAGCCCGAGAAUGAGGGGAUUGAUGCCACGUUUACUAAUACAGAUGUCACUUUGACCAUCAAAGGUGACCGGUGUUGGCAUUGCAAAUUCUAUGCUGAAAUUGAGGAAGACAACAGCAGAGUUCUUUUGAAAGGACAGAAGUUACAGUUAAAAGUUACCAAAAAAAUCCAGGAACAUUGGCCAUCAUACAUUGCAAUGCCUCCAACAGCUGACACCUCAGAAAGCACAACUGCAGAAAUCUUUGACAAAGAAGAAGAACCUGUCUAUUACUUGGAUAUCAUCAAACAUGACUUUUUUGAACGGGAAGACAAUUUGAGUCUGCACGUGUAUGUGAAGAAUAUUGACAAAGAUGCUGUCAAAUUACACUUCUACAAGGAGUCCUUUAUUCUCAAGUUUCGUUCCGAAGAUGGAAAGUUCCUUAGUUUGCACGCUGGCACCUCGUCAGACACUGUGUUCUGCUGGAAAGUGCAAACAAAAGGUGAACUUGUACCACAGGAAUGCAGACACAAAAUCACUUCAUCUUUUCUGGAAAUCAUUCUGAAAAAAAUCAGCGUAACACGAUGGGGAGGCCUUGAAGCAUUACAGCGAAAAGAGAAGGAUCCUCCUAAAGCAGAAACCUGGAUUUCCACAAAAAAGUUAACAUCUACGAACGUCAACAAGAAUGUUGCUUUUGAUGAAAUGAGCAAUGUGAAUGAAAACAGUUCUUUGUUACUGUCGAGAAAUAAAGAAGAGAAGAAGCCGACGUGUAAAGUUCAACCACUAAACAAGAAUGAGGGUCAGCUGGUGGUGCUGCCUGGUUUCACCGGCCUCGAUAAUCUAGGCAACACUUGUUUCAUGAACAGCGUUCUGCAGGCGCUCGCUAACACCAGAGAGUUCAGGGACUACUUCCUGGACUGCCACUUCCAGUCGGAGAUUAAUCCCGACAACCCUCUGGGGACUGGUGGAAACCUGGCUGUCGCAUUCGCUGUCAUGUUGAAAACACUGUGGUCAGGGAGAAAGUAUUCGAUCGCACCAGGAAAACUGAAGGAUAUUGUUGCCAGAAAAGCUAGCCAGUUCACUGGAUUUGCACAGCAUGAUGCCCAAGAAUUCAUGGCCUUUGUGUUGGAUGGUUUGCAUGAGGACCUGAAUCGUGUCCGGAAAAAGCCGUACACAGAAACAAUUGAUUCUGAUGGAAGACAAGAUAAGGUUGUUGCUGAUGAAUCGUGGGAAGUUUACAAGAAAAGAAAUGAUUCAUUUGUUGUGGAUUUGUUUCACGGACAGUACAGAUCAAAGCUGGUGUGCCCUGUUUGUGAGAAGCUUUCCAUCACCUUUGAUCCAUUUCUGUAUUUGUCCAUUCCAUUGCCGAAGAAAUGCCGACUACUUCCAGUGACCUUCAUGUGGAAAGAGCCGUACAAGAAACCAGUUAGAUACAUGCUGAAACUUCCAAAGGAUGCCAGUGUUGAACAUUUAAAAGAUGAACUGUGCAUGAAAACUGAAGUCCUUCCAUGUCAUAUGAGAGUUAUUGAAGCAUAUCGUGGUAAAAUUCACAAAACAUUUUCUCGUGGAGCUUCACUGACAGGGGUCCAAGCGAAUGACAACAUUAUAGUAUGCGAGGUUUUGUCGGAGGAGGUAGCUGGUGAAAGAGUGUAUGAAGUGUCUGUGAUACAAAGAUCCCUCGUGCCGCACCUAGUUCCUUCUCGCUGCGCUCACUGUCACCACAUUUGUGGGGCCAACUCCAAACUGAAGCGGUGUACGAAAUGUUUCAAAGUGGGCUACUGUGAUCAGGCGUGUCAGAAGAAUCACUGGCAGAUCCACAAGAUGAGCUGUAACACGGCCCCGGAGCCCGUCGGCUGUCCCUUCAUCAUCAGCGUCCCAGAGUCGAGGGCCACCUACUCCAAGCUGUGUAAACUCAUGGAGGCAUAUGCCAGGUUUUCUGUUGAUGUGUUCCAACCUCCGGUUCAGAACAAGCUGACAAGACGCCCGUCCAGUUCAAACCUGAGCAGUUCCGGCAGCCAAUCCAGUGGCAGUCUGAGCAGUCUCGAUAGCCAAUCGUCUUCAGCGAGCACAUGCACGCUGACUGGGGAACAGAUGACUGAUCACAUGACCAACGACACGGAGGAUAUUGACCAAUCAGACAGCAUGAUCGCGAUGGCAGGCAGUGUGGCCUCCCUUGACUCUUCGUACGGCACGCCACACUCUCUGUCUCUCAACGAAAUCGUGGCCGAAACGAGGGACAACUUAACCCCUGAUACCCCUAAUGACAAUUCCGACAAGAUAUUUACGAUUGGAAGCACGCCAGAGGAGUGUAUGGACUGUUCGGCGUCAGGGGAUAACGGUCAUUGGAAGUCGAUCCCGACCAACCCGGUGCUAGGGGUUCAGGUGGAUGAGACGGAGAGAGCCAUGCCGCUGUUCUACAUAAAACCUGUCAACAGCGAGGGCAUUGGAUUGAAGGGGCCCGACGGGGAGAGGUUUGACGACAGAGAUGACGAUCCUCUUGACCUGAGUUUGAGGAAGUACCUUUCGAUUGACUGGAUAAACGUCGACAAACUGCCGUCAUACGUCUUAGUGCAGUCUAAAGAACUGGAAGCAGACAAUGAUGAAUCAAUGCAGACAUUAUCAUCAGAUGAGGUCAGUCAUAUCACACUGGAACAAUGUUUGGAGCUGUUCACGGAACCUGAAGUUCUCAGCCCCGAUGAGGCGUGGUAUUGUCCACGGUGUAAGAAACACCAAGAGGCGACCAAACAGAUGUCAAUCUGGCGUGUGCCCCACACGCUGAUCAUUCAGCUCAAGAGAUUCUCCUUCCGAAACUUUAUCUUCCGAGACAAGAUCGACAAGAUGGUCCAGUUUCCAACACGAGGCCUUGAUUUGUCCAAAUUUAUUCUGGGCCAGCAGCAGUCGGACCAGGCCCCACCGAUCUAUGACCUGUAUGCGGUGAUCAACCACCACGGGGGGAUCCUCGGGGGACACUACACGUCAUACGUACGGUGUGCGGACACAGCCGACUCGCUCAAGAGUGAAGUCGACUGGCGGCUGUGUGAUGACAGUAGAGUGACUCCGGUCGGUAAUGAGAAGAAUGUAGUGACUGCCGCAGCGUAUGUUUUGUUUUACCGACAGAGGAACAGACCUGCACCGGUCCCGGCCUGUCUGAGAGAACCUGCAUUGCCGUUGGAGACCGCCCAGAAACCAGAGACAGACCGGUCACCUUGUGAAAACAAGACACAGGUCAACCAGUCAAAGACAGAGAAACGGGAUGUAGAAAAGGAAGAAGAAGGUGAAGUUGAGCGAGACAAGAAUGAAUCUGAGGAGGAGAAGACAACUCUGAUUGACAACAAAUAUUCGGAUGCGGAAUUUACCUACACUGACAUGGAUGCGGUGGAUUGAUGGAAUUUUGGUAGUGGGCCUUGUCCACAAAAGUAACAUCAAUGGAAUUAAACAACUAGUGGAUUGAUGGAUUUUUAUUACUGAGUCUUGUCCACAACAAUUACAUCCGUGGAAUUAAACAACUAGCUUAAAGUGCUUUUUAGUAGCAUCAACCACCUAUUAAUAUUUCUGGGGAAGUUAAUUUUACCCCAGUUAUGGACGUAAAAGCAAACUAAAAUGAAAAGGUGGUGUUGAAUUUUACUUACAAGAGAUAUUUCGGUAUUUGUCUUCCUUUACGCUUAAUAAUCUUCUCAAUUCUCUUUAAAGACAUAAGUUCUAGUGUUGUGUUUUGUCUGACAAAAUGCUUAGUUUUAUUUUAUUUAUAGUUUUUGAUUUAACUUAAUGGUAGUAUAAACGAAAGGUUGGUCGGUAAAUGUUUCCUCUUACAGUCAGUAUUCAAGCUGUGACAUGUACUACACUGGGUUUCUCUUUGGAGGGUGUGGGAGACGGAUGUGAUUGUGGGCAGGAGACAUGAAUAUAAAAAUACUACCAGUUGUUACUAUUUGAAAAAUAGUAUCCAGUGUGUAGGUUUCUUUUACAUACAAUGAUAUGUUGAUGUAGGCCACAACUGCAAUAUGUUUAUUUUGUAUCCAGUGGUGAGUUCCUGUGUGUUUGACACCGUACAGACAGGGCCUAUAUUUUUGAAGCUAUCUUAGCACUAUGAAAUCGUAAAACCAUUGUAAGCUAUGAAGUCGCUAUGCUUUUACGAUUUCGUAGCAGUAAGAUAGCUUUGAAAAUCCCAAUACUCUUAUUUGGUAUUUGUGUGUACGAUUCAACUAGCUAACCUUGGUGUAAUGUUGGACCAAAGUGUCUGUGAUUCCCAGUCAGGUAGCCACACGUUUUGACCCACGAGUACAGAAUGACAGUAAGUGCGUCACCGUUUCACACAUGGACUGGGGAUGUUAACAGUGUCAGGUUAUACUCGGAGGAGAAAUAAAAAAACAUUAUUUUAUUUCAUAACAAUUGACCAAGAGCAGCAGGACAUGAACGGCAUCACUUUUGAUGGUUGUAGAAUCUGUACGUUUGGUUUGAUCUCAUAGCAGCUCAACAUUUUACAGUUUUUGCAUUUCAUUUAUUAUUUUACUUGUGGUUUGUGUGGGUGUGUUUUUGAGUGUGCAGUAUUUUUUUGGUGUGUCUGUCAGAAGAAUAAAGAUUGGCACAGAUGUCACUUUCUGAUUUCCAAAGUUAGAAGUGGCCCUAAGGUCAUCAUUUUGGUCUUUACUUUCAAGGUCACCGAUACAUCAAUUCCUGAGAUAUUCAUUUUCAUUCUGAUCAAAUGUGGGUGGUCAUUUUACAUUCUUCCUAGAUCUUUGACGGAUAUUGAACCAAAAAACCCCAGAAAGAAAUAAAUUCCUUUAGAUUGUAAAUAUGUAACUAUUUUUUAAUUCUUUCUUUUAUAUUUUGUUUUGACAUUUGGAUCAUACUUGUGCUGGGGUGUGAAUACUGUUUACAUUUACUUUUUAAUUUUCCAAAAUAGAUGUCACUUGCUUUAGAUUUUGUGAAAGUCAUUAUUACAGUUUUAGUUAUUUUCUUACUCUUUUGAAGCAAACGUCAUGGGUGUCUUUAAAUUAUGUCUUGUAGUAAAUGGUUGCCCGUUUAAAUCAUUGCUUACUUUGUUGAAUUAUUAUGAAUUUCUUUAAAACGUUUGUGUUUGUGGAAAUGCAUCACUGUAAUUGUAAAUAAUGUAAAGGUAAUGAACGUAUCUGUAAAUGGGGGUUACAAUGGUAUUGAAAUAUUUUUUAUGGAAAGUGCUAAUUACUGUUGCAGUGUUUGGGUCAAAUAAUAUUUUCUUUCAAAACUUCAAAAAAAAUUCCAUACAGUGAAACUAGUUUGAAUUAAUUGAUCAUUAUAUUUGACAGAAGUAUGAAACAGUAUACGUGUACAUGCUUCAUUUAAGGUUUAAAACCAAUUUGCACCAGCCGUAAAUCGGUGACAAGAUUAUUUUUUAAAUGUGUAAUGAACACAUAUUUUUAAAAAUAAACUAAAUAUAAACCUCAGUUUUAAGGUUUCAGUCUAGACACUAAAGUCUAUUAGCUUUUUUUCACCAUUUUCAACAAUGUUAGUGGUAGUUCAGUUGGAUUUGACACAAAUAUAAAAAAAACAAAAACAUUAAAUGCCAUUAAUAAUUAUUUGAUUUUAAGUGAUUAAUAUUUAUGAGCAAAUCAGCUAUUAAAAAAAGAAACUGUAUGCAGGGCAGUUAAUAAACAGUUUUUAAAAUGGUUCAUAUAAAUACUGGGGGUAGUUGAUGGGAGUUUGAAGGGGCAUGUUCAUACACAUAAUGAGGACAGUUAAUCAUCAUGGGAGGUUUGAAAAUGGGGACAUAUAAAUAGUAAGGCAAUUGAUGGGAAGUUUGAAGGUAUGUUUAUAUAAAUACUAAGGGUAGUUGAUGGGAGUUUGAAGGUAUGUUUAUAUAAAUACUAAGGGUAGUUGAUGGGAGUUUGAAGGUAUGUUUAUAUAAAUACUAAGGGUAGUUGAUGGGAGUUUGAAGGUAUGUUUAUAUAAAUACUAAGGGUAGUUGAUGGGAGUUUGAAGGUAUGUUUAUAUAAAUACUAAGGGUAGUUGAUGGAAGUUUGAAGGUAUGUUUAUAUAAAUACUAAGGGUAGUUGAUGGGAGUUUGAAGGUGGCGCAUGUUCAUACACAUAAUGAUGGCAGUUAAUGGGAGUUUUAAAAAUGGGGACCUGUUCAUACACUCAAUGAUGGCAGUUAAUGGGAGUUUUAAAAAUGGGGACCUGUUCAUACACAUAAUGAUGGCAGUUAAUGGGAGUUUUAAAAAUGGGGACCUGUUCAUACACAUAAUGAUGGCAGUUAAUGGGAGUUUUAAAAAUGGGGACCUGUUCAUACACUUAAUGAUGACAGUUAAUGGGAGUUUUAAAAAUGGGGACCUGUUCGUACACAUAAUGAUGGCAGUUAAUGGGAGUUUUAAAAAUGGGGACCUAUUCAUACACAUAAUGAUGGCAGUUAAUGGGAGUUUUAAAAAUGGGGACCUGUUCAUACACUUAAUGAUGGCAUUUAAUGGGAGGUUUGAAAAUAGGAACAUGUUCAGAUUCAAGAUAGGGGUUUGGUCACAUACUGGGAGGUUUGAAAAUGGGUGUUUGAACAUCUAUAUAAAUAGUGAUUGAUGUUAGCAAUGGACAAUAAGAUAUUUAGGAAUACUUACUGGUAUGGUCCCAUGGAAAACUUCACAAUAUUGAUUGUACAUGUAUAUGUAUUCUGAGACAUUUUUAAAUAAGUUUUUCCAUCAGACUGAAAUACAGAUCAGGUGAACAGUGAGAAAUAAAAGUAUUUUGAGAAUAUGGUUUUCACAUCUUUGUGUAGCAAUUUGGUGCUUGUAUUUAAAGAGUGUGGAUUUCUAUUACCAAAUAACAAUGGUAAACCUGAUGUACUGGGGGAGUGGAGAACUUUUUAAAUAUUUGUUUUUAGUGAUGCAUCGAAUAAUAUUAGACAAUCAUUGCGAAGUGAUCAAUUUUUAUUUCAUACAUCUCGUACCUUACUCCGAGCACCACUUUAUUUGUGAUUACAAAAACAAAGCCACAUUUUAUUGUCUUGUUAAAGUGCAUGUAGAGUAAAAGAGCAUAAAUCCAAUAUUUGUGUUCCUCGUUUGUACUUAAACAUACGUGUAAUGUGACCAUGGUUACAGGUGGGUCAUUAUGGUCAUGUUGUACAACAUCUGGCAUAUAUUGGUGUUGAGAAAUAAAAAAACUCCAAUUUUUUCACUUUUAUUGCUUAUCAAGAAACACAUUUGUUGAGAUUUCACAAUAACAUUUUGUACCAAACACUUGAAACUCAUCACCAUUAUUUUCAUCUCUCCUGAGAAGGUAAGAUAUAGGUUGUUACAUUUUUGGUGGUAGCCACUUCUGGGUUUAGUGCUAUAUUUCUCACAAAAUACAAGUCAUAGACCAGUCAAUCAGUGAUCAUAGUUGCACCUGUCGAUAUUGAUCUCAAUAUGUAUUAAAUAUUAAAAGUUCUUGAAUUAAGAAAACUCAAAGAAACAUAUUAUUUUACCUUAAAAAAAAAAGUCAUUAAAAAGUAGCUCAAAACAUGUUUAUGAUGGAAGAGAUGUUCAAUUCCACAAAAUUCUUGCCAUACAAAUGGGCUAAAACAUCUGACAUUUGAUUAACAAGAACUAGCUUAAGAUAGAAGUUUUGCCACAACUGAAAAAGUAACAACUAUAUUUCACCUUUUUAAAUUCAUUGACACAAGACCAACAUGUUUAAAUUUACUUCCCUUGACAUAUAUAUAUAUAUAUAUAUAUAUAUAUAUAUAUGAAAUAACUUUGUAUUUAUAGAGUGAACCGUAAUUUGUAUAUCUAAUACUGGUCAUUCAUCCGAGCAGUGCAAUAAAAUUAACUGUAAUUUUACUCCAGUCUCCAUCAAGUAAGAUGAAAACUGUUUCCUAUUCUGCACUGUUCAUGUUGUUGUCCCUCUCCAGAAGGAAAGAUGUUGUUUUAUACGUACCCUUUGUCAUGUUGUGAAGUUUGCGUUCAUUUAUAACUGAAGUUAAACUUGGAUAUGUACAGAAGCAAAACUGUGUUAUUGAGGAUUUUGCUGGUAUAUUGUUAUCUCUAAUAUACACUUUGUUAAAAUGGCAGUUAUUUUCUCUAAGUAAUUAAUGUAAUGAAAAAACAAAGACAAUAGAUCAAAUUUGAUAUAGUUUCAAUCAUGAUUUUGAUUUGAACAAGAGUGCUGAUAAAUAUUGCCAUUAAUGGAAUAAAAUAUGGAAAAAACCCCA